UCUAUUGUCUCUGUUUGUGUCUAUGCUUUUAUGAGAUGAAAUAAUGAGAAAUAUGAAAAAUAGGAUUGAAAUUCAAAAAAGAAGUAGUUUGAACGUGUAAUGACGUCUCAAAAAGAAAAAGAACGAGAUAUCAAUGAAGUUUUCGAUGAAUUAUUGCUAUCAGAAGAAAAAGUUAUAGCGGAUAGCUACAAAGAAGGGUUUGAAAUAGGGGCCGCAAAAGGUAAUCCUGAAGGAUACCACCUUGGAUACCAUAGAGGUGCAGAAUUGGGAUCUGAAAUAGGUUACUAUACGGGAGUAAUCGAAAGUUAUUUAAACCUUUCAAAUGACGGAAGGUUACCAGAAAAAAUUGUAAAAUCUUUAGACAACUUGAAAAAACUCUUAGAUAGUUUUCCUUGGCACAAUGCUGAGGAUAUAGAUAUAAUUGAACAAGCAAAUAUAAUUCGUGCAAAGUUUAAAAAAGUGUGUGCUCAAUUAAAAAUUGAUAUUACAUAUCCUGAAAACGGUAAUCUUUCAUUUUAAGGAUAUCUGAAGAUGGUGAAUU